UUACCCAGAGGAGCCCGCGCCAGGCGCCGCUUUCCGCUUCCGGGUCAGAGCCACCCGGGCUCGGCGAACACGCGGAGGGGGGAGGGGAGGCGUUGCACGUGGGGUCAGCAGAAUGAUAAUAAAUGAAGAGGGAGGGAGUGUUUAUGAGGAAACAAGACAGAAAAAGAAAAAGAAAAAAGUGAAGAGCACUGGGAGCCAAACUGUCAUCAAAAUUGACGAAGACCUCCAAUCUGACACACAAGCAAAAACUAAGGUGAAGAAAAAGAAAUUCUUAGCAGAAGAGGAUUCAGAUCAGUUAAAUCUUAGUAAAAAGAAGAAAAAAGUUGGCUCCAAAUUAAAAAAAAGAGCAUAUUCUGACAGUCCUGUGACAAUAGAAAGCAAUUCAGAGUCUGAGUCGGUAAAAGAAAUAAAGGAGGAAUCUAAAGUUUUCAAAAAGAAGUCAAAGAAAGGCCAAGGUCUUUCCUUGUUACCAUUGGAGAAUAAUCAGGACAGUGAUCAAUACCUUCCAAAGAAAUACACAGUUCGUUCUCAGGAAAAUACAGUCAUUGGUAAAAAACACAGAGAGAGUAUCUCCCAGUACGCGGAGGAUGACAAUGAAGUAACCAAGAAAAAGAAGAAAAAGAAAGAGAGAGACAUUUCUUCCUUAACAGUGAUAGAAAUUCUAGACAGUGGCCAUGAAAUUUCUAAUAAAAACCUUAAAAAAAUAAAUAAAACCACUUUACAGGAAAAAGCACUUGCUGGUAAAAAACACAGAAAGGAUAUUGUCCAGAACUCUGCAGAAGAGAGUGAUAUAAUGAAGAAGAAGAAAAAAAAGAAAGACAAACAUGACUCCUUAACACUGGCAGGUAAUCAGGACAACAAUCACGGUGUUUCUGAGGAGAACCUUUCAACACGAGACUUCAGAAAAAAUCAAGAAACCAAUUCCCAGGAAAACACAUUCAUAAGAAAAAAACAAAAAGAGAACAUUGUCCAGAACUCUGAAAGAGAAGUAACCAAGAGGAAGAAAAAAAACAAAGAUUUUUCUUCCUUAACAUGUGAGGAUAAUCAGGACCAAAGUCAUGGAGUUUCUAAUAAACACCUUCCAAGGAAACAAAAAGCCAAGUCCCAGGAAAAAGCACUCGCUGGUAAAAAACACAGAGAGUAUUCUGAAGAUGACAGUCAAGUAACCAAGAAGAAAAAGAAAAAGAUUCAGAAGGAAGAGGAGGAAGUAACUGAGCCUGUAAACCUUGUGGAUGAAGAUGGGGAAAUAUCUGAAAGUGAAAAGAUGACACCAAUUAAAAGCAAUAGAAAGGACAAAAAAAAGAAAUCCAAACCAACGGAAGACCUUGCAGUGGAUAAUAUAGAUGAGGGACUUUGUGAAAAUAAUAAUGUGCACUGUGACAAUAAGGGUAAGAAAAGAAAUAAACAGGGAUCACAGAACUGUGCUGAAGAGCCAAGAUUGAAAAAGAAAAAGGUCACACUAAAAACAGAAAAUGAGGAAAUGGAAUGUAAAGAUGAUGUAACAGUGGUAGAGGAAAGGAAAGGCAACUGCGAUGAAAUAAAUAUAGACAAGGUUAGACGGCAAGCUCUGCAAGAAGAGAUUGAUAGAGAAUCUGGCAAAACGAAGGUUUUCAGAAACAAAGUGGAAUCUCAGGAUAUAAAGUUUGGCCAGUGGAGCACAGCUACUUUUGAAAGUUCAGACCAAAAAACAAAAUUCCUUAAACUGAUGGGCGGUUUUAAAAAGGGUUCUGCCUCAAGCCAGGAUCCACCAGGAACCACAGAAAAACCAAACAUGGCUCUGAACAGGAAAGGGUCUGAGGCUGCCUCAGGUCAAACUCCUCCCCUUGCUGUGUGAGUUACAGCCCUGGACUACCUCAGGCAGAGCCUCCACCCUCAUAUUGGAAUUCUCCCCCCCUCCAGCCAAGUGGCUGACUUGCCUGUCACAGCCCUGCAAUUGGCUUUAGCUCCUGCCUCGCUCUUCUCAGGCAGCAGAGGUUUCUCACUAAAAAGAAACAUCAAGCUCUGUAGAAUGCUACCGCUAGACCCACAUUCUAACUUCAACCUUCUCUUGCCAAGACAUGAAGAGUGCCAGCUGUGCUGCUGGAGACACCUUCCUUUGUUUUGCUCUGAGCAAGGCAAGAGUCAAAUUGAAGAAGCAGAGGAAGGAGUGGGAAAAAAUCUUGGCUGGUGAUUUGGUCAGCGUAGGAGGGAAACCAACAUCUGCACCGUGAGCCACAGCAAGGUUAGCCUGGGAUCUGAAAGUCAAGCUGGUUUGACGCAGGUAGCACAUCUCUACAACAAAGAUGCUGCAGGCUCUAUUACUCUUAAACCUGUGUCAUCAACUGAGGCCUUACUCUCGGGCGUGUAACCAAGAGUAUCAACUGAGGAGUUUCACAGGUUGCUUUGCCAUUGGAACAUAAUGCUGCGAUGUGAGUCAGAAUGAUGAGUCCAGUUCACUCUCCCCUACUUGGGCUGGUUCUGCAGAGCAGCAGGAGGAGCACUGCUGAGCAUGGAGACCAUCUUUAGUCACUUUCAGUAUAGAGUCACACUAUGCACCUUCCUUUCUCAUUUACUGAGGCUUGUUUCAGCAAGUGGGGUGUGUAGAAUUACUCCCCUCAGUGCUUUUCAGACUUGUAUAUUAAAAAAGAGGGCAGGAUCUGAACAUUGAUAGCCUUGUUCUGUGAGGAGCCCUACUUUAGCCCCUGCCCUAGCUAUAUGUAACUUGCACAUUCCUCAAUCUUAACUUUGCAUUUAGCAGCUGUAAUGUUUUAAGAGAUUUGUAUGUAUUUAUAAUGAAAACAUUUUAUUCUUUGUACCUAAAUUUCAUUUUACUGUAGCUUUGAAAUUAAGCAAUGGUUUUUAAUGA